UACCAGAAAAAUUCAAGAUAUAUCAUGGAAUGAAGGGACUCAGGAGCUUCAUAUCAUUAGAUAAAUCAUUUAUAUAUUACAACGUGUCCCAAAAAGUGCUAUGUGACCUGUUGUUGGCAUUGAAGUAUUUGAGGGUGCUUUCAUUAAGUCACUACUCGAUAAAUGAGAUACCAUAUUGCAUAGGCGAACUGAUGCACCUAAGGUACCUUAAUCUAUCAUAUACAGGUAUUAAAAUGCUUCCAAAGUCAAUUGUUGCAUUGUACAACCUAGAGGCUUUGAUGUUGGGAGGGUGUCAUAACCUUUUGGAAUUCCCAAAAGGUAUGGAGAAACUAAUCAAUCUCAGAUUUCUCGACAUUAGCAACACUACAAGUCUAAAAGUGACGCCGCUAUAUAUAGGUAAGUUGGUGGGUCUUGAAAUGAUGUCGAAGUUUGUAGUGGGAACGGGAAAUGGCUCAAGGUUAGAGGAGUUAAAAGACCUAGAGAUCCUUAGAGGGGAAUUGUGCAUCUCUGAUUUGCAUAUGGUUCGAGAAGCCAAAGAUGCCCGCGAUGCCAAUUUAUGUGUGAAGAAGGGAAUAUGCCGGUUGACCAUGCGGUGGAGUACAAAUUUUGAAAAUUCCCGAAAUGAAGAGCUUGAAAGAGAGGUCCUUAACUUUCUUUGCCCUCACCAAAACCUUGAAAAUCUCACAAUAUUCUGUUAUGGUGGCCUAAAAUUCCCAUCAUGGUUAGGAAGUCCCUCACAUGAUAAGCUAGUGCAUUUACAUUUACACGGGUGUCAGAAGGUCAAAACAUUACCAUCGCUCGGACUACUACCUUCCUUGAAAGAACUGUACAUCAAAGAUUUAAAUGCAAUAUGCACAGUAGGGUCAGAAUUUUAUGGAAGUAAUAGUCCUUUUCCGUCCUUAAUAACUUUGAAAAUCGAGGGCAUGCCAUUGUGGAAGGACUGGUCUCAUUGCGUCGGCAUCGAAGAAGUUAUAUUCCCUCAUCUUGAGCAUCUCGUCAUUUCUCAUUGUCCUAUGUUGAUCGGAAGAUUGCCUAGUCAAUUAAGCUCCCUCAUAAAGCUUGAAAUCUACUCUUGUCCGCAUAUGGAUGCCUCGCUCACUAUCACGAGCCUUCCAUCUCUCAAUGAAUUAGAAUUCAAAGGUUGUAAUGAGGGGGUGCUACAGAGUUUGGUAAGCUCGGCAUCUCUAACUACUCUAACCAUAGAUGAUGUUAUUGAACUGGCUUGCUUAAAUCAUGGAUUGACAAGCUCCUUGAUCAAGCUAGAAAAGUUGAAGAUCGUGGGGUGUACAAAGUUAAGAUAUUUGUGGCAAGACGGAGAUGCAAUUCGGAAUCUUAAUUGUUUGAAGAGCUUAGUUGUAUGUAGAUGUCCGGAAUUCAUACAUUUUGUGGCUGAAGAAGGAGAUAUAGAGCUGCCUGGCAGCCUCGAGACUAUUGAAUUGCAAGAGUGCAUCAAGUUAGAGAAGCUUCCAAGCAAAGUUGAUGUUGUUGAACUGGCUUGCUUAAAUCAUGGAUUCACAAGCUCCUUAAUCAAGCUAGAAAAGUUGAAGAUCGUGGGGUGUACAAAGUUAAGAUAUUUGUGGCAAGACGGAGAUGCAAUUCGGAAUCUUAAUUGUUUGAAGAGCUUAGUUGUACGUAGUUGUCCGGAAUUCAUACAUUUUGUGGCUGAAGGAGAUAUAGAGCUACCUGGUAGCCUUGAGACUAUUGAAUUGCAAGAGUGCAUCAAGUUAGAGAAGCUUCCAAGCAAGAUGCACACUCUCUCCUCUCUUAGAGACUUGACGGUUCGUAUAUGUCCAAAACUCGUGUCCUUUCCAGAAACAGGUAUACCUACAUCAAUAAUAUCAUUAAAUAUCGAGAAUUGCGAGAUGUUGCAAUCUUUACCUAGAGGAUUAAGUGCUCAUCUAGAUGAACCAAGCAGCAGCAGUAGCAAUACCCGCCGUGACAUUAUAUCUUUUCUACAAGACUUAAGAAUCUCCGGAUGCAAUUCUUUGCCAUCCUCUCCAUUCAGCGAGGUUAUAUUUUUACCCACGACCCUCAAGAGACUUAACAUUCAUGACUGCAGGGGGGUGGAGUCGCUCGCGGAGAUAAAUCUAGACCCUUUUCAGUCUCUUCAAGAGAUUGAAAUUGUCAGAUGUGAGAAUUUGAGAAGCUUACCCCAGGGUCUGCACACGCUGUCUCAGCUCAGUUCCUUGGGGUUAGCUGCCUGUCCUGCUCUAGAGGUUGAGUGCUUCCCUCCUCUUCCUCCCGGUAUCUCAAUAUUUAGUCUUAGGAGUUGUCCGAAGAUAAAAUCGUUACCUAAUCAGUUGUAUCGGCUCGCAUGUCUCCGAUAUCUGUUAAUUUGGGAUUGUGAGAGAUUCACGCGCUUCCCCGACGGAGGAUUGCCGCCCCAGCUAGAGAGACUUGAGCUUAUUGGAUGCGAGAAUAUGAAGCAGCCGGUGAGGGAGUGGCUCACCCCGCUCACCUCCCUUGAGAGGCUAGAUAUCGACGGCAGGGUGGGAGGAGUGGGAGAGGAGGAGGAUCUUGUGCUUCCGCUCCCUUCCUCUCUGCUCUAUCUCAACAUCUUACGUAUGGGGAAAGUGGAAAGACUGUCCAGCAGUCUCCCUCCCUCUCUCCGGAGCUUAUGGAUCUCCUAUUGCCCGAAGCUGAGGGAGUUGCCCCAGGAUGGCCUCCCUCCCUCCCUAGAAGACCUCUGGAUCUUCAAUUGCCCGAUUCUGCAGAAGCGAUGCAAGAAAGGGACUGGCUACUAUUGGCCCCUCCUCCGCGAAAUCCCAGAUAUUCGAGGAGUCUGAGGCCUGGCUCUUUCAUCAUCUGUGUCCUUCCCCCGUUGUUGUGUGCACCUCCAUCGCCACCGCUGCUUCGGCUCUCCACUCCGUCGUCGUCCUCACCUCCUUCUCCAUCUCCAUCUCCAUCUCAUGAAUAUAUUCCAAUUAAUACAGAUUACAUUGAAAUUCCCAUCGGUGAAGUUUGCCGGCACCGUGCCUAGGAGGAGAAGAUGCUGAAGUGGGGACCCUGGGAUGUGAGAUUGCUCCUCAUUUUAGAGACGAAGGGGAGAUGCCAACUGCAGGCUCUGCUGUUCUUAACAUCUUUGACCUUUUUGUGGGAACUCUUUCCCAUGGUUAGAGUUGGUUCUCAAAUCACUUGCGGGGGAUAGAGCAUUCACCAGAAGUGGAAGGAAGUCGGUAUUAACUCUCUGUCUGCAUUUACCGAUGCAAAGUAUUUAUUCCCACACAAGCAAUCUUCUCAUUUCUGAGCAUACUACAGCGCACAUUGGAAUCUAUGGGGAAAAGGAUUUUAUUGCGGCUCAACCCUAUGUUCCAUCAUUUUACUCACCAUCCAAGAUUAAGGAAUGGUUUAGUUGGUUUGAGUACAGACACAAAUGAUAUCUUUGCCCAUUGUUCAUUUUGAUAAAUAUUCCUAUUUUGCUUCAUGGAAUCAAAGAAGCAUUGCCCUAGAGUCACUGGUUGGCAAAGUUUAAAGGAUAGCAAUUGGGCCAAACUAGGGGCUGUGAAAAAUGCCCCUUCCAUCAUCGUCUCCUUCUCCUUUGUUGUCUGCACCUUAAUCACCUAUGCUUCAUCUCUCCGCUCCAUCAUCCUCAAUUCCAUCACCGUCUUCAUCUCAUGAAGAUGUCAUUAAAAUCAGAUUACAUUGGAAUUCCAUUGGUGAAGUUUGUUGGUACAACCCAGCAACCUAAAGAAAGGUCUAUAGACCCUUCCUUCACCAUCACCUCACUGGUAUUAAGUCUAGGAGGAGAAGAUGCUGAAGGGGACCCUGGCUGUGAGAUUGCUCCACAUUGUAGAGACAAAGGGACAUGCCACUGCGGGCUCUGUUCUUAAGAUCUUGACUUUUGUGGAAACUUUUCCAUGAUUGGUUGGUUCUCAAAUUACUCAUGGACAUAGGUAUGUAUAUAUGUUUGCUUUCCCCAUUCAGUAAGUGUCUGUUUUGCCCUGACAUUAGAUGAAUCUAAAGUCUGGACAUAAUUUAUAUGAUAAGUUAAUAGCAAAGACAAGUAUGAAAAUGUUUGAAAGUUGCAUCUCCUUGAAAAAGUGUAGCUCAGAACUUCGGAUGGAUAGAGCAAGUUCGUGUCAAGUUAAUGGCAGUUAGGUGCUUUAAAUCUUCUUUCCUGUUUUAGUCCGAAAGCUCCAUUUGAACACAUUUACUAAGUUGUGGAAUGUACCUGACUAGUUUCCCUUAUAUCUCUGAUUCUGAUAUGGGGAAAUUACUUUUGCACCAUUCACUAGAAGUGGAAGCAACUCAGUAUUAACUUUGCGUCUGCAUUUACCGAUACAAACUACUUAUUCCCACACAUGCAAUCUUCUCAUUUCGGAGCAUAUUGUGGUGCACAUCGAAAUCUAUGGGGGACAGAUUUAUUCCACCUCAACCCUUCCAUUCCGGCAUUUUACACAACAUCCAAGAUUAAGGAGUGGUUUAGUCGGUUUGAGUACAGACACAAGUGAAGGCAUUUUGUGUCCUAGAUAGCACUCGAUGAUAUCUUUGUCCAUUGUUCAUUUUGAUAACUAUUUAUAUUCUGCUUCAUGGAAUCAGAAAUGCAUAGCCUUGCAGUCGCAGGUUGGCAAAGUUUAGAGGGCCAAAGGAUCGGCUGCAAUACGUAACUCUCAUUGGAAAUGCCUGCUGCUAGGUCUGAGGAGUUAAUUACCAUACAAGCUGCAGUUGGCGGUGUGUUUUUCCUAGUUCCUCAGCUGCAAACAAAGUUGUUUUUUGCACAGCUUCUUCAAAUGGUUGCCUUAACUUUUUUGUCGCAUGGGAUAUUUUCGGAAACAAGGAUGCUGAUGUUGAGUGUGACACAAACUUGGGUGGUUCUCCCCUAAUGUCCCAAGAUUUGGCUUUAUUUUUUGGUUAGUAAUACAUGAUAAACUUCCCACU